UUUUGCUCCUACGCGCAGCAUGUUAGAGUCUGCGAGCCAAACAGUGAUGGAAUCAGUUCGUUUAGCCACCUUUUGGAUAAUGUUUUACUGCGAAUUUUUGUCUGGCUUGUUGCAGGGCUGGCUUGUGUUGGAAAUGCCUGCGUCAUGAUUGGUCGGGCAUUAGUAAAAGAAACAAACAGCGUACAUUCCUUUUACAUCAAGAACUUAUCCGUGGCUGAUUUCAUGAUGUGCUUAUAUUUGUUCAUAAUUGCCGGCCAUGAUGUAGCUUUCAGAGGGCAAUACAUUCAUCAUGAUGUUCAGUGGCGACAUAGUUGGCAAUGUACUUUGGCGGGAAUGUUAAGUACUAUAAGCAGCGAAGCAUCUAUAUUUAUCAUGACUUUAAUUACUGCUGACAGGUAUGUUUCGAUCGUCUACCCUUUAAUGCACCGUAGGAGGAACAUGCUUUUUGCUGGAUCCUGGAUAACGGCUAGCUGGUCAGCUGCAACAACCAUUGCCAUCUUACCAUUUCUGAAUCUCGGUUACUUUGGAGAUGAAUUUUAUGGAAACAAUGGAGUUUGUUUACCACUCCAAAUACAUGAUCCAUUUUCAAGAGGCUGGGAGUAUUCCAUGGUAGUAUUUUGUGGCUUGAAUUCCAUAGCUUUUCUCUUCAUCACCUACGCAUAUAUAACCAUGUUCAUCACGAUCAGCCGAUCGAAACUGGGAUUGAGAUCGUCACAACAGCAACAAGAUCGAAUUAUUGCUAAAAGAUUCGCUUUCAUUGUUGGUACGGACAUGUUAUGCUGGGUGCCUAUCAUAGUCAUCAAAAUCUUGGCUGUAUCAGGUGUUAGAAUAUAUUCUGAGUUAUAUGCAUGGGUCGCUGUGUUUUUACUACCUAUCAACUCUGCUCUAAAUCCAGUACUUUAUACGUUAACCACGAAAUUGUUCACGCAGCAAUUAGCGAGAAUAGUUUACACUUGGCGAGCAAACGGUGUACAAGCUGCCAGUCCAAUCGAAUCAUCUGGGAUAUCAAUGACCUCAGCUCAUUUUAAUGGAAGGUUUUCAAAGAACAACAGUGCUUCAUUAACUACAUCUGAUUUGGACCGAAGCGUUAGUCGAUCAUCACUUCUUUCUGCCAACAGUCGAACGUCUGGUCGAUGCUCGUGGCCAGCACCUUUGGCUUACAUUGUGUACCAAAACCAUUGUUUUUAAGCUGUGGGACUUUAUUUUUAUUAUGUUAUUGAAUUUCUUUUAUAACCCUCUUUACCUUAUGCACACUUCUGUUUGUUUCUUAAAAAUUACGUAUUGGUACGUAAAAACAAUUUUGAUAAAUGAUUCACGCUUAACGGGCAUAGUAGGAAGGACAAGUUACGAGUAAACACAUAACUAUUCAGGCUUUUAAAAUUAUUCUUAUUGUUGGAUGCAUAUACAAAAUAAUAAAUUUAUUUUGCCAAUAAG